CGCGCCAGACCCCGCCCCGGCCUGUCCCGGGCGAUUCCUGCGGACCCGGCUGCGGCGACGCCAGGAGACCCCCAAGCUGCAACGCCGAGUGGAAGCAACUAGAAUUCCAGGACUCUGAAAGCCACAGGUGGGGGCUGAGCGAGGCCUGGCCUCAGGAGCCGAGGACCGCCCCCCAGCCCCCCACGAGCGCCGCAGUCCACCGUAGUGGGUGGAGCCCGCCUUGGUGCGCAGUUGGAAAACCUCGGAACCCCUCCGGAUCUCCCGGCUGUCACCCGCACCCCCCGCCAGCCUAGGGUGCGCCCGCGGGCCCUGCUUCUCUCCCUGUUAAAUUCCCUGGGGAGAGGGGAAAAAAGGCAAAGGAAGCCGGUUCUCCAGGAGCCAGAAGUAUUGAGCUUAAUUAGUCUUCAGACUUCUCAAUCAGAAAUCACUUAUCAGUUUCUUAUCUGGGAGAGUUGAGGAUGAAGGGACAGAAGACACCCAGGAUUUGCACAGGAGGGGGGAUUCAGGGAGAGAGAGUGAUGAGGGACGGGGUGGGCCCUCCAGUCUUGGCCCAGUCCCAGUCUUGUGCACGUUGUUGGCUUCCUCUCAGAGCCGUCUGGUUCAGUCCCCCUGGGAAGGGGAGACCCAUAGUGACCCCUCCUGACACCCAUCGACCCUGACCAGUGUUGCCGGGUUCAUCAAAGGCCACGCUCUCACUGCUGGUCUAUGUCACCUGCACCCCCCAGCCCCACCGUAGGGAUGCCUUCUUCGGUGACGGCUCUGGGUCAGGCCAGGUCCUCCGGCCCCGGGAUGGCCUCCAGCGCCUGCUGCUGCUCGCCUGCGGCUGUGCAGAGGAGACUGCCCAUCCUGGCGUGGCUGCCGAACUACUCCCUGCAGUGGCUGAAGAUGGAUUUCAUCGCAGGUCUCUCAGUUGGCCUCACUGCCAUUCCCCAGGCACUGGCCUAUGCUGAAGUGGCUGGACUCCCGCCCCAGUACGGCCUCUACUCUGCCUUCGUGGGCUGCUUCGUCUAUUUCUUCCUGGGCACCUCCCGGGAUGUGACUCUGGGACCCACCGCCAUUAUGUCCCUCCUGGUCUCCUUCUACACCUUCCACGAGCCUGCCUAUGCUGUGCUGCUGGCCUUCCUGUCCGGCUGCAUCCAGCUGGCCAUGGGGGUCCUGCAUUUGGGGUUCCUGCUGGACUUCAUUUCCUGCCCCGUCAUCAAAGGCUUCACCUCUGCCGCUACAGUCACCAUCGGCUUUGGACAGAUCAAGAACCUGCUGGGACUACAGAACAUCCCCAGGCAGUUCUUCCUGCAGGUGUACCACACCUUCCUCAGGAUCGCAGAGACCAGGGUAGGUGAUGCCGUCCUGGGGCUGGUCUGCAUGCUGCUGCUGCUGGUGCUGAAGCUGAUGCGGGACCACAUGCCUCCCGUCCACCCUGAGAUGCCCCUUGGUGUGCGGCUCAGCCACGGGCUGGUCUGGUCUGCCACGACAGCUCGCAACGCCCUGGUGGUCUCCUUCGCGGCCCUGGUUGCAUACUCCUUCGAGGUGACUGGAUACCAGCCUUUCAUCCUAACAGGGGAGACAGCUGAGGGGCUCCCUCCAGUCCGAACCCCGCCCUUCUCAGUGACCACAGCCAAUGGGACGAUCUCCUUCACCGAGAUGGUGCAGGACAUGGGGGCCGGGCUGGCCGUGGUGCCCCUGAUGGGCCUCCUGGAGAGCGUUGCGGUGGCCAAAGCCUUCGCGUCUCAGAAUAAUUACCGCAUCGAUGCCAACCAGGAGCUGCUGGCCAUUGGUCUCACCAAUGUGUUGGGCUCCUUCGUCUCCUCCUACCCAGUCACAGGCAGCUUUGGACGGACAGCCGUGAACUCUCAGUCGGGGGUGUGCACCCCGGCAGGGGGCCUGGUGACGGGAGUGCUGGUGCUGCUGUCUCUGGACUACCUGACUUCACUCUUCUACUACAUCCCCAAGUCCGCCCUGGCCGCCAUCAUCAUCAUGGCCGUGGCCCCGCUGUUCGACACCAAGAUCUUCAGGACGCUCUGGCGCGUUAAGAGAAGCACGGAGUGGGUUCACCUAGCUGACUUGGCAUUUUCUGGUCAGCCCCAGCAAGUUGCCAGGACUGGACCUGCUGCCCCUGUGCGUGACCUUCCUGCUGUGCUUCUGGGAGGUGCAGUACGGCAUCCUGGCCGGGGCCCUGGUGUCUCUGCUCAUGCUCCUGCACUCCGCAGCCAGGCCCGAGACCAAGGUGUCAGAGGGGCCGGUUCUGGUCCUGCAGCCAGCCAGCGGCCUGUCGUUCCCUGCCAUGGAGGCUCUGCGGGAGGAGAUCCUAAGCCGGGCCCUGGAAGGUGCAUGGGCGGGGGCCAAGUCUCCCCGCCACGCUGCCUGGUCCUGGAGUGCACCCAUGUCUGCAGCAUCGACUACACCGUGGUGCUGGGGCUUGGCGAGCUCCUCCAGGACUUCCAGAAGCAGGACGUCGCCCUGGUCUUCGUGGGCCUGCAGGUCCCUGUUCUCCGUGUCCUGCUGUCCGCUGACCUGAAGGGGUUCCAGUACUUCUCCACCCUGGAGGAAGCAGAGAAACACCUGAGGCAGGAGCCAGGGGCCCAGCCCUGCAACAUCAGAGAAGACGCCGUUCCGGACCACAAGGUCACCCUGCUCGAGGCGUAAUGGGGCCACCCGUGGGCAUCCACAGUUUGCAGGGUGUUCCGGAAGGUUCUUGUCACUGUGAUUGGAUGCUGGAUGCCGCCUGAUAGACAUGCUGGCCCUGAGCAGGUAACCUGGGGAGGAGAAGGAAGCCAGGCCUGGAGGUCUACGGCGGGGGCGGGGUCGGCUCAGUGGCUUCCUGCGGGAUGACUGGAAAAUGACCUCGCUGCUGUUCCCUGGCAUGACCCUCUUUGGAAGAGUGGUUUGGAGAGAGUCUUCUAGAAUGACAGACUGUGCGAGGAAGCAGGGCCACGGGUUUCUGGCCUGGGCUGUGCGAGGCGUCCUGGGGCCCGCAGCACCUUCCUGGCCCACCAGUGCCACCUGCAGGGGAGGGACGGGGCAGGCGGGAGUCUGGGAGGCGGGUCUGCUCCUGUUUGCGGCAUCUGUGCCCCCAGGAGAAAGGCAAGGUGUGCCAAAUGACGUCAAGUCUCUAUGUACAAAUAAUUCUGUUUUGUAAAUGGAGAAAGUGAUAGCUUUGGUGAUUUUGUAAAAGUCAUAAAUGCUUGUUGUAAAACAUACAGGAAACCACCCCCAACCCCUUCCACUUGGGUGAUCACUCCAGACCCCUCCCCAAACGUGCAUGUCCAUCAGCGUGUGGAUGUAUGUUUACAGUUUACAUAAAUGGGAUCAUUUUAUACAUGGUGCUCUGGAACCCACGUUUUUCAUGUAGUCGUUUGCAGUGAGUUAUUUAUUGUGAUAAUAAAUAGCAUUAGAACACA